UAAAUAUGGCAAAGUCCACUAUCUCUCCCAUCACACCAACUACGUUGUCAAGUCCUCUAUCGCGUCAAACAAAUCGAUAAGUUGUUCGAUCUUUGCAUUUUCGUCGUCUCCUUCUCCAUCCGCCUCAAGUGAGCCGGUCGAGACAAGCCUUUCCCUUCCAGCCACUCUUCUCGUACGUGCAACUUCAUCAUUGUUCGAGUCAUGCAUCUCUCCUCUUCGUGAGCCAAGUCCCUUCACCCGAGCCAUUUUCAAGUCGCCUCCCUUGUAUGUGAGUCGAUUGCCUUUCUCCUAGCCGAGUCGCAUCCCUUCUCCAAGUCAAGUUGCAUAUUUGGUAUCUUUUUAGCCAUUUGGGGGCAAAAUAAAGAUAGAGAAAAAGUUGGCAACCAACAGAAAGGAUUUGUGACAUGUCAUAUGGGGACACAGCUUUGCUUCAGCUUUUCAUGGAAGACAAAUAUGGGAAUUUGAUCCAAAUGCAGGAACUCCCGAAGAGCAAGCGGAAAUCGAACACUUACGCCAACGUUUUACAAAAAAUCAUCUCAAAGGUUUUCCUAGUGGUGACUUGCUUUGGCGCCUCCAGUUUCUUAGAGAGAAAAAGUUCAAACAAAGUAUACCACAGGUGAAAGUUGAAGAUGGAGAAGAAAUAAGUUAUGAUAAGGCAUCAAAUGCAAUGAGAAGAGGAGCAUAUUUCCUAGCAGCCAUACAAGCAAGUGAUGGACAUUGGCCAAGUGAAUCAUCAGGCCCUCUAUUUUACCUGUGCCCUAUGCUAAUUUGCAUGUACAUUAUGGGUACAAUGGACACAAUAUUGAGUCCUGAGCACAAGAAAGAAAUGUUGCGUUAUGUUUAUAACCAUCAAAAUGAAGAUGGCGGAUGGGGGUUGCAUGUAGGUGGUCACAGUAACAUGUUCUGCACUACCUUCAAUUACAUCUCUUUACGUUUACUUGGGGAAGGACCUGAGGUUGAGCAACUUUCCAGAUCCAGAAAUUGGAUACGACAACGCGGUGGUGUCACCUCCAUACCUUCUUGGGGAAAGACAUGGCUCUCGAUAUUAAACGUGUUCGAUUGGUCUGGAAGCAACCCCAUGCCUCCUGAAUAUUGGAUGUUACCCACUUGGCUCCCCAUCCACCCAUCAAACAUGAUGUGUUACACUCGAAUCACCUACAUGCCCAUGUCUUAUUUGUAUGGCAAAAGGUUUCAAGCACCGCUAACGUCUUUUGUUCUACAAUUAAGAGACGAACUUCACACACAACCUUACCAUCAAAUUAAUUGGAAGAAAGCUCGUCACAUGUGUGCUGUGGAAGAUAUGUACUUUCCACAUCCCUUUGUCCAAGACUUGCUUUGGGACACUCUUUAUUUACUUAGUGAACCACUCAUGACUCGAUGGCCUUUUAACAAAUUGAUUCGUCAAAAAGCCUUGAAUGAAACUAUGAGACAUAUUCAUUAUGAGGAUGAAAAUAGUCGCUACAUUACCAUUGGCUGCGUCGAAAAGCCACUAUGCAUGCUUGCUUGCUGGAUUGAAGAUCCAAAUAGUGAAUGUGUGAAGAAGCAUUUAGCCAGACUUCCUGACUAUUUCUGGAUGGCUGAAGAUGGUAUGAAAAUACAAAGUUUUGGUAGUCAAUCAUGGGAUGCUGCUCUGGCCAUGGGAGCUCUACUUUCUUGUAAUAUCACACAUGAAAUUGAGACUGCCCUCAACAAUGGCCAUCAAUUCAUCAAGAACUCUCAGGUUAGAAACAAUCCUUCAGGUGACUAUAAAAGUAUGUUCCGUCAUACGUCUAAAGGAUCUUGGACCUUUUCAGACUGUGAUCAUGGAUGGCAACUUUCUGAUUGCACUGCUGAGAACUUAAAGUGUUGCCUACUUCUCUCCUUGCUACCACCUGGAAUCGUUGGCGAAAAAAUGGAACCUGAACGUUUCUACGAUGCUGUUAAUGUCAUCCUAAGCCUGCAAAGCAAAAAUGGGGGUCUACCACCCUGGGAACCAGCAUCAAGUUACUACUGGAUGGAGUGGCUGAAUCCAGUGGAAUUUCUUGAAGAUCUAAUCAUCGAGCACGAACAUGUGGAGUGCACCUCAUCUGCAUUACAAGCCAUACUUUUAUUUAGGAAACAAUACCCAUCACAUAGGACGAAAGAGAUCAAUAGCUUUAUCAACAAGGCUAUUCAAUUUAUUCUGGACAUACAAUUGCCUGAUGGUUCUUGGUAUGGAAAUUGGGGGAUUUGCUAUACAUAUGGAACGUGGUUUGCACUUAAGGCAUUGUCAAUGGCGGGGAAGACUUAUGAAAAUUGUGAAGCACUUCGCAAAGGAGCUCAUUUUCUAAUUAACAUACAAAAUUCAGAAGGAGGGUUUGGAGAGAGCUACUUGUCAUGUGGAACGAAGCGAUACAUACAGUUGGAAGGGAAAAGAUCAAAUUUGGUGCAGACGGCAUGGGGUUUGAUGGGUUUGAUAUGUGCUGGACAGGCAAAUAUAGACCCCAAUCCGAUUCAUCGUGCUGCCAAGCUUUUGAUCAAUUCUCAAACUGAAGAUGGUGAUUUUCCACAAGAGGAAAUUACUGGAGUAUUCUUCAAAAAUUGCACACUAAACUAUGGAGCAUAUAGAGAAGUCUUUCCAGUGAUGGCAUUGGGAGAAUACUGCAACAAGAUUUCCCUGCCUUCUAAGAAAAAACAAUGAAGUUAAGACUUGAAUUAAUUAAACCUAUAAACUAUAUAUAUUAAUAAAUAUGCAGACUUGGACUCAAAAAGAAAAAAAAAAUGGAGACUUUAUACUUUUAUUAUGAAAAUGUCAUAAAGUUCAGAUGCAUGUGUUCUGGAGCUUCUCUCGAUAAGAACAUCAAACUCUCAAGAAUUGGGCUAACCAUCUUUAUUUUAUAUGGCAAGAGAAUUAAGAUCUAUGUGGCUGGGAUUUUUUUA